GGGGGGCGGGCCGGGCGGCGGUGAUGCCGGGGUAGCGCCAUGGCGCGGGGAGCGGGGCCGCCGCUGCGGCGGCUGCUGCUGCUGCUGCUGCUCCAGCUCCUGGCGCUGCCCGCCGGCCGCGGGGCCCGCGCGGGGCCCGACUCCCUGUAUGUCUCCGAGUACUUCUCUCAAAGCGCACAGAAGCUGUCCUUUUACAGCUGGUAUGGCAAUGCCAAGCUCUUCCACUUCCAUGUGCCAGAAGACACUGUGCAGCUUCGCUGGCUCCUGCAAGCAUCCCGGGGGAAAGGACCUGAGUGCACCAGCAUGGAGAUCACAGUGCACUUUCGCUACGGAGCCCCUCCUGUAAUUAAUCCACUGGGCACUCGUUUUCCUGCAAAUGCGACCAUCCGUCCUUCCUAUAACAUCAGCAUCACCCUGAGCAGCACUGUGCAAAACACCACCUUUGUGAACGUCACCACCCCUGCUGCCGGAGACUGGUUCAUUGCUGCCCAUCUUCCAGAGGCUGCUGGCAGGAUUGAAGUGAAGGGUUUCUCCACUCCAUGCCCCUAUAUGUUCCAGGCAGAUAUGUUUGUGCUCAGACUCACGGAUAUGCCUGUUCUGGAGCCUGGUGUCACCAUGCCACAAACCAUCGUCUCACCUGCUAAGCCGCUGCAUGUCAAGGUCUUCGUUCCCAAGCACGCCGCCAGGAUGCAGUUUGAGCUGCAAAGGUGUGUGACAAACGAGCAGAAAGCGUGUGCUGUGCGGGUAGUGCUGGGCUCCAUCACACUGCCCCAGUCCUUCCAGAGGAUCAUCACAUGCACUGGGAACAUAAACUGCAGCCUGGCCUUGGAUUCACCCCCCUGGGAGAAGUGGCUGCAGAUCAUGGUGGAGAGUCUGCACGCUGGUGAUGCAAGUGUGUCGGUGGAGAUGCUGGCUUCUUUCACAGCUUGCAAACCAGGCAGUACCAGUUCAUUCCUUAACUUCAGCAGCCUAAACCAGAGCCAAACUGGUCCCAGACCAGGUAGCACAGGAGCAAUUGGGAGCCCCAGCCUGUCUACAGGAGGGGCUUUGCGCAAUGCGUCCAUCCAGAGGAGCUUCUGUCUGCAGAACCAGCCCAUCGUUCGUGAGGACCUGGAUGUGGUGUCUGUACGCUACAGGCUCUUGAAUGGUCCCAGUGUGCCUGUGCACUCCAUCUCCCCAACCAUCCUCCUCCUCAACUUGAACACGGGCAUGGACAGUGGAGGUUCCCUCGUGGUCAGUCUCCUGCUUAAUAAGACAUCUGUGGGCCUGGCCAAUGCCACCGUGGUAGCGUGUGUGAGUGCUGCUUCACCGGUGCUGUCCCUCAAUGCCACACAGAACUGCAGCACAGCUUUUUUCCAGGGCUACCCUCUGAGCGUAAGCCCAUCCUCUGCGGAAGCGAUGCUGAUUGUCCUGUACCCGCAGACGGAUGACUGGUUCAUCUCCCUGCAGCUCAUCUGCCCGAAGGGCCAGGGCGAAUGUAAUGCCACGGAAGCCAAAGUGACAGUCUUCGCAUACCUCACCCCCUGCUUCAAUGACUGUGGGUCGUAUGGACAGUGCAGCCUCCUGAGAAGACACGGCUACCUCUAUGCUGGCUGCAGCUGCAAGGCUGGUUGGGGCGGGUGGAGCUGCACAGACGACACCAAGGCUCAGUCUGUUGGCGCACAGAACCUGGCCACCCUCCUGCUCACCCUGAGCAACCUCAUGUUCCUGCCAGCCAUAGCAGUUGCUGUUUAUCGCUACUACUUGGUGGAGGCCUCCGUCUAUACCUACACCAUGUUCUUCUCCACGUUCUACCACGCGUGUGACCAGCCAGGCGUUGCAGUGAUGUGCAUCAUGGACUAUGACACACUACAGUACUGUGACUUUCUGGGAUCCGUGGUGUCCAUCUGGGUGACGAUCCUGUGCAUGUCCCGGGUGAAGAAGAUCCUGAAAUACGUCCUUUUCAUCUUGGGAACCUUGUUAAUUGCUAUGUCCCUGCAGCUGGACCGCAGAGGGGUGUGGAACAUGAUGGGCCCCUGCCUCUUUGCCCUCGUCAUCAUGAUUGCAGCGUGGGUUCACCACGGAGUGAAACGCAGACACUGCUACCCCUCCUCGUGGAAACGCUGGGUUUUCUACCUCCUCCCAGGGAUCACCUUGGCUUUCAUCGCCAUCUCAGUAUAUGCAUUCAUGGAAACCAAUGAGAACUAUUACUACACUCACAGCAUCUGGCAUGUGCUGGUGGCUUCCAGCGUUGCUUUCUUGCUUCCUCCUCGGGACAAGCAUAAGAAGCCCUGGGCCUGGUCACAGAAGCUGACUUGUCGCUAUCAGAUCUGCCAGAAUGACCGUGAGGAGCUCUAUGCUGUGACCUGAAACAGCUCAGCUGCCAGUGGCAGAGGUGGAGGUUGCUCUUUGUCUGGGCUGCCCCUCUCUCGCAUGUCGGUGAUCCUCUUACUUGCUCAUUCACUGGCUGGGAGAGUGCAGUAUGGACCAGGUUUAAAGAUGAAAACGUUGAGCUUGUCCUGUGCAGACAAGUUUGAGGCCACCUCUGCUUUUUUGCUGGGAUAGGGCAGGCUCUUCAUGGUUCUAGAUCAAGGAAUAGCCUGUCCCCCACCUCCCUGUGGCCCUGGGGGAAAUUGCCAACCCUUCUUCCCCUCCUGCUGCAUCCAUGAGGCUUGGGCUUAGCCCGUACUGAGCUGGAGCCAUGGCUUUAGCUCUUCCCUGUGCCCACUGUCCAAGCUGUGGGACGGGGUUUUCCCCUGCCAUCCUGCGGUCAGCAUUUGAACCCAAGAGAAGAGUGGGUUUGUUCUGAUCAGGAGGGGAAAUGCUGCUGUGUGCCCUUGGUGCUGAUGCGGAGGGAGGGACCUGCUCCCAGCGUGCAUGGGGCCCUUGGCCACCAUCUCCAUGGGGGUCUGGAGCCUCUCUCCCUGUGAAACAGAUGGUGCUGCUCUUACCUAGUCUUAACUUGGGGGGGGCAAGAAUGACGCCGGGUCUUGGGCCCUGGAUUCAGGACUUAGCAGGAAUGUGAAAAAAAAAAAAACCUAUGGGGACGUGCGAGAGGCAUCAGCAGCAUCUUGCCUAGAGCUGUGAAACCUGCAGCAGCGCAGGGUUUAGUGUAAGUUUGACUUUAGCCUCUUAGCUCAUCUGGAAGGAGCCAAAAUGCUGUGCUGUUCGCUUCUCCUCCCCAUGGUCAGGAAUUCACUGUCUUCCUCCCUUUUGUGGGUUUGGCAUGUGCGAAGCUCUGCCUGGGCAGUGUAGGUGGUCCAGGAUGUCAUCGGAGCUGCAGCUCCUCCAGCCUGCUGCGGAGUGGCAGCUGAUUGAAGGGCACCAGCCGUGUCCCACCCAGCCAGGAGCAGCACCAUGGGCUCCUUGGAUGGCUUUGGUCUCACCUUAGCCUUAUUAUUGGGCACGCAGUCAUCAGAAAGCGAGGACAGAAACCUGGCAACCAGGAAAGUUGCCUUUGCUUAUCCUUAUUCUAUAGAUAAGGGCUCAAAUCCAUCGUUCCUUGCUGGUUUACUCCAACUGUGGUUGGUCUGGUGUGUGCUCCCGGGAGGUCAUCUACGGAGCCGCUUCUCAGGUGGCUUUGGGGAGGAAGGAGUGACUAAUGAAGGAUAUGUCUCCUAGUGCAUAGGAAACAGGAUUAUCCCUUUGCUUUGAAGAGCAUUCAGCCUUCUGCUCAGCUCUGCACUUUAUCUCUCUCCCUAUCCUUCCUCCGCUCUCUUGACUUUUUAAGCAGGCGUGGGAUGAGCAAUGGGUGCUCACCUGCGCUCCCGGCCCUGGCCCCCACGUCCCCUGCGUUUCCCUUUGCUGCUGCCAUCCAAGACAGUGCGGUGGGAGGGGGGCACAUGGGGCCCUCAGGGCUUCCUCCAAUUUUUAUCACUUUUAGGCACUUUUCCCCCUGCCCCGUUUUGGGUUUGCACAAUGGCGAUGCAGCCCCAGCGCUGCGGCAGGGACCAUCGCUCCUUCAUAGCCGUACCAGGCUGCUGGUUGCGCCCGGGUGCUGCCGUUCCCAGAGAAAGCAAUAAUUCCUCCUUGGGAAUUUUCUGUCAGGAGCUUCCAGCCCUUUAGGGUGAGAAAUCCUGCUAAUAUGAUUGUUUAUUUUGUGUUUGAUUGUUGAAAUUCUGCUUUUGCCCCCUCUUCUGCAACUGUUGGUCUUGGCACGAGGUUGUGUCAGGUGCCUGGGGGAGAGGGGGUUAAUUAUUUGGGGUCAAAUCUGAGGGAAUUCAUGUGUCUGGGGAAAAAAAGGGUGUUUGGUUGUUUUUUUUCCUUUGCUCUUAAUACCUGUGAUUAUUUUAUAUGGUAAAUUUUAAAGCUUACAGUUUUAUAAUUUAAUAAAG